UUUAUUGUUAUUAUUAUCAUCGAUUUUUUUCCGGUCGCCCCCAAUUAUUUCCAUGGCUAUAAAUCCGCCAAUCCCACAGAAGUUUAGGGUUUCCAUGCCCUUUCGAUUUUGUCAUUUCCAUCGUUGAGCUCGUGAUGAUCGUCUUCGUUCUCGAGCUUCAUUUAUGGAGAUGAAGGUACGUUCGUCCUUUCGAUUGUUUCAUUAGGUUGAGCUGGGUCUCGAUACAACUCCUGGCGAAUAAAGCGAUCCACCCAUCCUUCGUAAUUCGUUCCGGGCUUGCAAUUGUCCCGCCUCAAUCGGUAGCUGGUGGGAGGUCGGGUUCGAUUCAGAUCGCGCGGAAUUCUGCUGCGAUCCGCUCGUUCUCGAAAACGGUCGUUGAUCGCUCGGGGACCUUUUUUUUGCUAGAAUUUUUGGCCAUGAGCUGGAAUGAUAGUUGUUUUUCUCGAUUUUGAUCUGUUUGGAAUUUCGGUGGUUGGAUUUGGGAAUCGGUGAGCUUGCGGGGGGAAAUGGAUUCGCACGGAGAGAGCUCGGCCCUCGAAUCUCUGGGCGAUUGCGAAGUUUCGCCGGAAAGAGCGCCUGGUUUGGAUCGUAGCGACAUUAGGAGUAAUGGGUCCUGCGACAACAUUGAUUUAGAUGAAUCGGGGACGGAUGAGAAUUGUGAUGACCGUGUGCUGGCUCCUGAUUCGAUCGAGAAAGGCAAAGAAAUCGCGGAACCAAAUACUUCGCCGCCCUCGACAGCUCAGUCUCCUAGUGGAGGGAGUUCCUCGACGAGGAAAGGUUAUGGAUUGAAGAAAUGGAGAAGAAUCAGGAGAGACUUUGUCAAGGAUGGGAGUGCUCAGUUAGACUCUAGCAAGAUUUUGAAGCGAGGUUUAAAUGGUUUAGGAAACCAGAACAAUUCUUCGCGUUUUUCUGUUGAACGGGCUUCUGUCGAGGUUAUGAAAGAUAGUGAGGGUUCGGUUGGAUCGACAAGUAUGACAAGAAACCUGGGUCUGGGUCAUGCCGAUGGCCCUGCAGUGCAUGCUUCUACUUUGGAAUCCAAUUUUGCAGCUGCACCUGCUUUUACAGCUGGUGCUGAUUCUGACAACAGUGAGGAUCGAAGUAGCAAAUCAUCUACAGCUGCUAGUGCUCCAAAGGCUAAACACGACUUCAGUGCGGCCUUUGGGUAUGUCCGGGAAAGGAACAGAAUUAAGAAUUUGAGUGGAAAGAGUCAAGGUGGUUCAUCUCAACAUGCUCAACAGAAUAAGGGUCGAAUUGAACUCAGUAAGAAGCCUAGAGGAGAAAGGGUCAAAAUCAAGAAGGAAAACUCUCAUUCCAGCGUGGAAUCUGACUUAAGAAGCUCAAGCUCUGUUUUUAUGCAGGGUGCUUAUGCCAGUAAUGGUCAGAAGAGCGGAAGGGCAAUGAACUAUUACUCAGCAAAUAGUGAUGAAGCCCACAUGGGUGAUCACUUCAGUGAGGAAAUUCAGACUGGUUAUCCCACUGAAAAUGUUGGGGAAGCUGAGGAUUUCUCACAAGAUGAUUCAGCUGUGGACUUGUCUUGGGAGGCAGGGGAGGAGAAACAUAAAAGCAAUCGAUCCUCUGCAGAUCAUAGUACUUUAAUUGAGUCUAUCAAUGCCCUACAAUCUCUACAGGAAGCACUUGAACAAGAAGUUCAGAAGUUCUCAGAGAUAGGUGGGGACCCUGUUUUAGCAAGCAAUGGCACCUCUAAUGGUGGCACUGUCCUUCAAGAGCAGUCCGACUUGAAGCAUUUCAACCAGAAUGCUUCAGGUAAGUUGGAAAUCCAGAUACUGAGCUUGACAGAGAAUGUGAAAAUCUUAGAGGCAAAAUUAGAGGAAACCAGGGCUGAGCUCAAGGUGAAGGAAUCUAGGGUUUCUGAGCUAGAAGAUUCUACAAACAGUCACAAGUCAGUGAAGGAAGAACCAGAAAGCACCUUGGAGUUGCAGCGAGAAGAAUGCAGGGAGAUGGAGACGGAGCUUGAGGGUCUCUUCAAGCAAAAGAUUGAAGCUGAGGUGGAGUACCUGGCAAUAGCUAGGACGAUACAGAAGCUGAAAGUUGAUGCGCAGAGUCUAAUGCUUUUAAAUGAGGGAGAUGAUCAGCGUGCAAGUGAAAGUGAAGCAGAAAGCAAAGCUGCUGCGCUAAAGAAGCAAGCGGAUGAUCUAGUGAAAGCAUGUGAAGACAUUGAAGUUGCUGGAGAAGUUUGGAAGUUGCAGAGAGGAGCGUGCAAGGUGUCCUCUUGUUUCGUUAUACAACUAGUUUUGUUUGUGCUGGUCUUUUGGUGGUUCAUCUUGCAGAUCUCGCCCCAAGUCGGGGAGGUUGUUCCAACUUGAACCUACAGUUAGCAAGCCCUUGUGUAUCUUAAGCAUUCAUAUGGAAGUUGCCUAACAUCAAAUUUUGUUCUUUUCUUAUUUAGCUUAUCUAGUUUUUUUCCUCCUUUCCCGCGCAUGUCACCUUCUUUUGUCUUUUUUGCUUUUAGGUUCUUUUCCCUUUUUUCUGUAAUUCGCCAGUUGGGCAUUUUCGCAGUGUUAUGGGUGGGUUUAGGAGGUGGCUAAGGUGCUCCUGAACUUAUGGUUGAUGUCAGUUUAUGUACAUUGCAAUUUAUGAUCAAUUUCAAGUUUUUUAGUUUUUUGGAUCUUCA